CAACGUCUAGUUGUUGAUUGUUGCCGAGGUGAAUAUUUUGGAACUUUGCUCUUUAUUCUACCAUUUAGACGUGGAUAAAACUCUUUUUAGCAUUUGAAUUUGACGACAAUACAGUUGAUCCACCAGCAGCAUGGAACUUCAUCCAAUACUAGAGAAAGGAGAGUGGCUAUGCAAACAGAAUCUGUGGUAUGUGGUGUCAGCUCGCGGGCAACAUCCCAGCAUGAGGGUUGGCCAGUGUUGCUGCCACAUCCCACCAACACAAGGUGGUGGCAUCGGCAAGUUGGCUGUGAUCGGAGGAGCUAACCCCAAUGGACCGUUUGAUGAGACACAUCUUCUUGAAUUUGAUCAGUAUGAGUGGGAUGAGCCAGAACUGACUGGCUUCACUGCUCGCUAUGAGCAUGCAUCCUUUGUUGCCCCUAGCAACCCAGACAAGGUCCUUGUCUUUGGAGGAGCACAGCAGGACAAGAACCUUAACUGUGUUCAGAUCUUGGAUCUAGCUACCAAGUCUUGGAGCAUGGUACCAACCAGCGGCACAGCGCCCUCCCCCAGGACCUGUAGAGGUAGUGCCUUUGAUGGCAGCAAACUCUACAUCUUUGGUGGAGGUCAGCAAGGGUCAGAACCAGUACCUGAUACAAAGAUGCAUGUCUAUGAUGCAGUGACGAGUGAGUGGACGCAGCCCUCUUCAAGCGGUAGAAUACCGGCUGCUCGACAUGGUCAUGUGAUGGCUAUGUGUAAUGGGAAGGUUUACCUGCAUGGCGGUAUGUCAGGCAGUACCCUCUUUGAUGAUAUGUAUGAGUACAGUGUAGACACUGGUGUGUGGAAACUCGUGAAGACCAAAGGAGAUGUCCCACCUGGUCGAGCUGCUCAUGGAUGCGUAUCCCAUGGCAACAAGAUCCUCAUUUUUGGUGGGAUGACGCAGGAAGGUGGAGCCAGCGAUGAAUCUUUUAUUUUCGACACAAGAAAGUCGAGGUGGCUCAAAUUCAAACCAGAUGGACCCCCACCAGCCCCACGGCUUGACCACGCCAUGUGCCUCCUGACCCUACCCUGUCCCAAGCAGACGUCCCAGUCCUUGACCAGCAGACAGAAUGGAGCGGGAGCGGCUGCGGGGUCAAAUAGUAGUGCGCCCUCUGUUGCUGACCCGUCUAGAGCAGCGGAGGAGUUUCUGACCUCUUGUGUGGACUCUGUAGCUGAGCAGAUGUCAGGGGAUUCAGGAGAGGGCGGCCCAGGUGGUGCAGGAGCAGCACCGAGUGCAGUACCUGGUGAGGCUACGCUGUGCUGCGUGGUGCAAGGUGGAAUGGACACACAGGGGGAGAUCUUUGAUGACUGUCUCAUCUUGCGGUUGGACAACCUCCUUCUUUGAAAUGACCGUAGGAGGAAUUAUGUCGCUGAUGAAUUAUUUAACACCUUGAGCCCAUUGCAACUUCAAAAGAGGCAAAUGCAAAGCACCACCAUGCAAUAGUUGCCUUAUCAUCUUACCACGCUUUGGUUAUUACUGUUCUGCUGCCAUGGCAAGGGACUCUGAAAAAGUUGGAUCAUUCUUGGGAAAGUUUACAUUCUUCUCUGAAAUGAAUGUAGGCAUUGCAUGGCUGAUGAUAUCUACUUGUCUUGAGCCCUAGCUUUAAAGUAAUAUAUGCAAGACACGACCAUGUGGCAACAGUUUCCCCAUCUAAGAAGGUGCCCUAGUUGCUACAAGUCUACUGCCUCAGUAGGGACACUGUGGAAAUGUACGGCCAUCCUUUUGACUUUCAAACUCCUCUGAAAUGACUGUACAAAUAAUAAUAUUCGCCUUUUAUAUAGCGCUUAAUACAUCUCGGAUGUCUCUAAGCGCUUUACAGAUAUACUAUUACCCUGGCCAUUGGAUUCAC